GUGAGCAGCAACAUGAAGUUCUUGCCAGGGAUUUUGUUGGCUCUAGCAGUGGCUGCUUCCGCGAGGCAUAUCACGCUUGAAGAUGUCAUUGAAUUAGAAAAAAACACUCCGUAUGGUUACAUCACCGCGAUCAGCUUAUCAUUAGCUGACGAAGUCCGUAUAGCUGAAGCGGAAGGCAGACAGAGUCCAUCCAGAAUUGUUGGCGGCUCAUUAGCUGCUCUUGGGCAAUUCCCAUAUCAGGCUGGCUUAGUAUUACAUCAUCCUAUUGGUGAUGGUGUAGCCAGUGCAGCGCUGAUCUCCAACAAUAGAAUACUAACGGCUGCUCAUAACUUAAACGAUGGCAGAUCCACUGUCCCAAGUGUGACUGUGGUCCUUGGAACAACCACUCUAAUGUCUGGUGGUGUCAGACAGACUACUAGCAACUAUGUUUUGCACGAAAAUUAUGACAUUUCCCUAUUAAGAAGUGACAUUGCUAUCAUCAAUUUACCAUCUCCAGUUGCGUUUUCAAGCUUCAUCGCUCCUAUCGCCCUGCCAUCUGGAUCUCAACUUGUAGAAGAUUUCGCUGGUGACGUCGCCAUUGCAUCUGGUUUUGGAAUCAAUCCUGCAAUUGGUGGUGUGCUUCCAAACCAGCCGUUCAGCUACGUGUACUUGCCCGUGAUCUCCAACGACGAAUGUGCCUUAUAUUUUCCAACAGUUGUUCAGCCUGGAAUUGUUUGCACGGGCAGUGUUGUUGGCAAAAAUAUUUGCACUGGUGACUCUGGUGGUCCUCUUGCCGUACAGAGAAACAAUAACCCACUCUUGAUUGGUGUUGUUUCAUUCGGACGAGGCGAAUGCGAUGGCGGUUCUCCUUCUGGAUACGCUAGAGUUACACACUACGUAGACUGGAUUAAUGAACGUCUGUAAAAUAAAACAUAAAUAAAUAUGUUGAUGUUCGAAAACACUUUUUAACUAAUAAAUGAAGCAAACA